AUGCCAACAGAGGAUUUGCCAUUGCCCACGCCUCCCUCUGUUGUCAUUGAGACGAUUCCUCCAGCACCAUUUUCACAUACAACAACGUCUUUGAUUCAUAGGCGAUAUAUAAGAUACUCCACUGUCGAAUAUCACACUAAUCCCUCCUCGAAUACCUCUUUUGAGACCGACAUUGAUUCAUUAACGCUUAUGGAGCAAAUUUUAUUGCUAGGAUUACACGACAAAGAGGUUUUUGGUGUGUUCAAAAUUUAUUUUAGGGUCAUUUGUCUCUUUUCAAUGACUCCAUUUCAUAUGUUUUACGAGGUUGCAUUCUAA